AUGAGAGAUCCAGAACCCUGCAGAAUCAAACACACUGAAGAUACUGAAGAACAAACAGAGUUGAUUGAAGAAAAUGAGAAGAAUGAAGAAUUGAGUGAAGUUGACGGAAAAAAUCACUUCAGAACUGGAAAAAAACCUUUGAGUUGCUGUCGAACUCUGAAAGUUUUAAAGAAAAGAAGAGCCAAGAAAUCUUUCACCUGCACUCAGUGUGGAAAGAGUUUCACAUACAAACAUAAUCUUGAUCUUCACAUGAGAGUUCACACUGGAGAGAAACCAUACACUUGUGAUCAGUGCGGGAAGAGUUUCUCACAAUCAUCAACCCUUAAGAUUCACAUGAACAUCCACACUGGAGAGAAACCAUUCACUUGUGAUCAGUGCGGGAAGAGUUUCUCAUACUCAUCAAGUCUUAAGAUACACAUGAACAUCCACACUGGAGAGAAACCGUACACAUGUGAUCAAUGUGACAAAACAUUUUUGAGAGCUUCAGGCCUGAAGCAGCAUCUAAGAGUUCAUACAAAGGAGAAGCCACAUUCAUUUUAUUUGUGUGGAAAGAGUUUUUCAUUACUACAAAGUUUGAAAGUGCAUCAGAAAAUACAUACUGGUGUCAGAGACUACAUGUGCUUUGAGUGUGAGAAGACUUUUACUACAGCGAGCAAUUUAAAAAAGCAUGAGAGGAUUCACACUGGAGAGAAACCUUAUACAUGUGAUCAGUGCGGCAAGAGUUUCAAACAAAAAGGAGCCCUUACGGCACACAUGAAAGUUCAUACUGGAGAGAAACUGUUCACUUGUGAUCAGUGCGGGAAGAGUUUCUCACGAUCAUCAAGCCUUAAGCUGCAUGAGAGGAUCCACACUGGAGAGAAACCUUAUACAUGUGAUCAGUGCGGCAAGAGUUUCAAACAAAAAGGAGCCCUUACAGCACACAUGAGAGUUCAUACUGGAGAGAAACCGUUCACUUGUGAUCAGUGCGGGAAGAGUUUCUCACACUCGGGCAGUUUAAAACUGCAUGAGAGGAUUCACACUGGAGAGAAACCUUACAAGUGUUCACACUGUGACAAGAGAUUCAUUGAUCCAGGACAUCUGAAAACACAUGAGAGGAUUCACACUGGAGAGAAACCGUACAAAUGUUCACACUGCGACAAGAGAUUCAGUCAUUCAGGAAAUCUGAAAACACACGAGAUGAUCCACACUGGAGAGAAACCUUAUAAGUGUUCACACUGUGACAAGAGAUUCAGUCAUUCAGGACAUCUGAAAACACACGAGAGGAUUCACACUGAAGAGAAACCUUAUAAGUGUUCACACUGUGACAACUUUCAGCAAAUCUGA